AUGAAGUCGAGAAUAGCCUAUACCGCACUCUCUUUGUCCUCGUUACUGGCCAUGUCCGACGCCUGGCCGCUUUUCCCACUCUCGAUUGAGCGAAGAGCACCUGUCUCCUACUCGGUGGUCGCAGUGGGCGGCGCCACCAGCACAGCAGACGAUGCAUCGCCAACUGCAACAAUCACAGAUGCCGUCACCCGCACAACGACCGUGAUGGAGACACUGCUGUCCACCAUCGUUAUCACAGGGGCGGAAACACCCACAACGAUCGUCGUGACCGUUACCUCUCCAUCGCCCAUCACUAUCACCGAUUACUCGCCUGCAUCGACGACACCAACAUCUUCCUCCUCGUCGAGUCCACAAUAUCCCUCCGGCUCAUCACCCUCGAUAACACCCUCAGCCGCCAUAAUUACUGCGACAGAGACUCUCUCGCCAGUGACUGUCACCGUCACACAAUCUCCCCCUUCCACAAGACCGUAUGACGACGGGAUGUGGCACACAUACUAUUACUACACCGUCACGUCUGAAAGUUCCUCGAGCUGGACAACAACGACCACUGCCACUACUUCGGAAUCGAGUCCCCAGACAAGUUCGACCCCAAGCUUGUCCGCAACUUAUUCACUCACAACGUCCUUGAUAACGACAAUCGAGACUCCAGCCGCCAGUAGCACGCCUGUUUUUCCAUUCUGGGGCGGGCAUCUACCGAUCCCUACACCUCUAUGA